AUGGCGUCCAAGUGGCUAAAGCACCGCCGCGUCAUCCUCCACGCGGACGGGGCGAGGUCCUACAAGAUGAAAGUCGAUGGCGUCUUGCACGACUGGGUCGUGCACAAGAAGAAAAGGGUGCGGGUUGGCGGGAAGUGGGUGUGGCUGAAGCCGGCAUUCACGAAGAUCCGCUACCACGACGUCCCUGACCAGAGCAAGCCCAGCGGGACGAAGCGCUUGUGGGUGAAGUGCGGCACCCAGGUGAUCGACCGCGCGUGGGGCGACCUGCGCAAGGCGGUCGGCAAGGGCAUUGCGAAGACGGUGGGGUCUGUCCUUCUCCGCAACAAGGCAGGCCAGAUGAACGACGUUGGCGGGUGGCAUGCGCUGAGGUUUGGAGAGGCGGCCCAGCGCGACAUGCGCAGUUGCUGCUCGCUCUCUGGCCUAUGCAAGGUGCGCUCCUUCCAGUGGACGUACUGGAACCGCGGCAGCGAUCUCUGGCUCGCUACUGGCCAGAUGCUCCGCGACGCGUGGGCCAAGGACCACGCUCACCGAGCCCGCUUGGAGAUCGGCGCGCAGGAGCAGCCAGGUGGCCAGGCGGAGUGA